UAAUUUAGUCGAUUUUGAAUGGAACUGUUUUACUCAAGCGAAUAUCAUUACAACAGGUAAACAACUUUACAUACAGUAUAAGAACAAGUGUAUAUUUGAAAGUCUACCUGGAAUGUUAUGGCGAUAUUUACCUAGAUUAAAAUAUAUAAAGAUGUGAUAUAAAUUGAGGAAGCUGAAGAGGGAAGAUGGAAGAAAUCAGAUUUUUUGUGACACUUGCUGUCUUAGUUAUGACAUCAUCAUAUGGUGAUUGCCAAAUUUUGAGAAAGAGCCAAGGGUGUGAUGCACUGUCUUGUGGAAAUCAACAAGUAUACCUUUCUUGUCCUAUGAACCAUAAAAUCGCCAUUGACCGAGUAGAAGCUGGAUUUAUGCAUGAUAAUAAUUCUGCCAUGUGUUGUGGUACGACUCCAUUAAAUCAAGAUUAUGUUUGUCACCACGACGAAAUGACAAGGAUUUUUGGCAACAGUCUGAGUCGUUGUAUUAAAAAGACAAGCUGCAAUGCACAACUUCUAGAAAGCUACCUGUAUGAUUUAGAAAACUGCUCCAGUUCCUAUUAUAUAGCAGUAUUUGUUGCUAAUUAUAUUUGUGUAAACUCUUCCCAAGUGUUCAGUCCUGUCGACAGCUUAACAAAAACUGUGCAAAACGAAAUUGCGAUGGAUUUUGAGGAGAACUCUGGUAUGAAUAUCAAUGGUAGCUUUGUGUGUACCUGUGACAUUGGAUCACCAACUGAUUCUAAGAUCUUUAUCUCCACAAAUCAAGUUAAUCUACAGUUCUGGAAUAAAUGUCGACAAUUAAAGAUAACCGGAACUGGAUUGUCUGUUACCUUCCCCUGUACAAGAGAUACCAAUGAUAAGUACAGAUUUUAUAAUUCUAUUGGACGGUUCCCGGGUCCUAUUAGGGUACAGUUUAAUGGAAGUGAUUUGGGAAGCUCAGGAGACAACGUUUGGGUAGGUUUUAAAGCUGCUGGUGGACAGUUAGAGAUAAGCUGUGGUGGAUGUCAACCAGAAGAUUUAACAACAUCUGAUAAUGCAACAACUACAACAGAUGUUCCUGGAUUCAAUAUCGUAACGCCAUCGUCACGUGCAACACCUUCAUCACGUGCAACUACAAGUACAGGCGCAAGUCAAGAGGAUGAAAUUCCCGGUGUUAAAACUGAUGAUGAACCAGGAUUAUCAACUACUAUAAUUUAUGUUCUGAUUGGAUGUUGUACCUUUAUAUUGGUACUGGCUAUCAUCUCUGUUGUCAUCUAUAAAUUAGUAAAAACUCGACGAAGAGUAGACUCAAUAAAGAAAACUGGAACAACAGAGCUUUCAAUGUCAAGGCAGGGCUGUAUCAAAAACACAUACAAGGACCUUACGGUUACAACGGCAACAGUAGAGCCUCCAAUGCCGAGACAGGACUCUAUCGACAAUACAUACGAGAAACUGACCGUUACACCAGGCAACGAAUCUGUGUAUGAUACCCCGUAUGAACCUCCGUAUGAAGCUCCGGAAGCUCCGUAUGAAACUCCGUAUGACGAUUAUUUAAACUAAACAUUAUGAAUACAUCGUUUAAUUAUUCCAUUACUUCUGUAGUGUAGAAAUCUCAUACAUUUUAUUAGCAGCAUUGACACAAGGGGCCGUCAAUCGUCCGUAGGUUUUCAGCUUUAGGUCCACUUUCCAUGUAGCCUACAUAUAUCCGCCAAUGGAAAAACGUACAGUUUCCGCGACCAUUUUCUUAAUUUUUUGGGGAUAUCCCAUUGUACAGAAACCUCGCUUAAUGUUUGGCGAAUCCCACGUAAAUGACGUCAUAAAUGAGAAUUUCUCUUUACAGCAUGGAAUCCGACAUUGCUCAAUCACCGCCUUUUUAUUAAAAGCAUGUCCAAAAAAUUUGCAGAUUGCAAGCUGAUUUUGAAGCAACAAGAGGGUUGGUUGAAUUGAACCCGUGUUUGUACCCCAGAACGUAAACAUUCGGUUCGGCACGCAUGCAUAUACUUCAUGCGAGCAAAAUCACCGCUGAAAAGCAGCGAAAAAAUCAUCAGUCAUAGAAGCAACCCCUUUUUUUUACAUGGAAAUGGCCCGAUUACAUUUGCGAUAACCAACCUUUUCGUCGGCGGAAACGCGUACAUGGAAAGUAAGCCUAACGAUUUCCUUGCCUAAGUUAUGCUGUGUGUUUAAACAUACAUUAUGCAAGAGCUAAAUCUGUCUAUUGCAGGUCUUUCUUUAGGUCUGAAAUGUUAUAUAAAUUAUUAAUUAUACAUUAAUUAACUUAUCAGCCCAUAAUCAACUCUCGAUUUCAUCGCUAGCCUGCGAUACUUACUGGAUUAGGACCCGAUUUGCUGCUCAACUUUCAUUCAUGAUUAAAUCAUGAAAUGGAUACUCGAAGACUAUGUUUUUAUUGUACCGACUGUGGUAAUGAUGAUCGAGACUAGGACCAAAAUUCAAUAGCUAAAUUCUCGGUUCAGAGUGGAUCAAUGUAACUGACAUUUUUUAACUUUUAUAGUGAGAACUGCCAGCUCUUUAUCUAAUCUCCCAUAAUGUAUCUUUAAAUAUUGUUAACCGAUCCCUCAUCCUUCUUCAGAAUAGGUUUCCAUAUUGUAAGGAAUAAAAUGCGGUUUAACGUCGUACUUUUCUGCAGAGCUAAUAAAGAGAGACAUUUCGUAGGAACAGAAAUAAAUUAACGGAUUGGUCGCCUAUGAGGUCAAGCAUAUCUGUGAUAAGUUAAUAUUUUUUAAAUUCAUUAGAAUAUUUAUAUAUAUUUAUUUAUUUAUUACAAUAUUGUAUAUAUUGAUACCAUGUGUAAUUCUGUAUUCUAAUUAAACUUUAUAUGCCCUGUAUUGUGAAAUAAAGUAGAGUA